UGUUAAUGAAGAAGAUGUAAUCCAACAAGGAAACUCAGGACUAUUGUGGGAAUCGUGCAUAAUAUCGCUUUUAUAUAAAGUGUAGAGCGGCUGACAGAAGCCUGUGUAAGGACUGUGCCGAACACAGACUGUGGGUGAGACUGUUGCAAGCUGUGGGGCACCGGGACCAUUAGGACUGGCCCCAGUGGUUGGCCUCCAUGCUGAUUACUCUCACUGCGGCCACCAAGGAGCCCCGGGCCUUUCAUGGAGCAGUGCCAGCCAGCCCCUGCUGCCCCGCGGUGGAAGUGACCUCCAUGGACACCCUCCCUGUCCCGCCGCCACCUCUCCCCCCGCCCCCGCCGCCGCCUCCUCCGCCUCCCCCGGCCUCCACCCCACUGUCUCGCCGGGACCCCAUCCGCCGCUCCAGGCUGCGCAACCUGAACUGGGAGCGGAUACCGAAGGAGCGUGUGGAGGGGCGCAGGAGUGUGUGGAGCGGGGCCGUCUCCGGGGACGACGGCUUCUCCAUAGACCUGCGCUCGCUGGACGAGCUGUUUGGGCAGAAGGAGAGCCCGCCGGUGGAGAGGGUCACCAGUUUCAGACGUAGCCUCACCCGCUGUGGAUCGCCGCAGGACAUCGGCAGUGAGAAGGUGUCCCUACUGGAUGCCAAGCGGAGUAUGAAUGUGGGAAUAUUUCUGCGACAGUUCAAAAGUGCAGCAAACGAGAUUGUGGAGGACAUCAGGCAGGGGGCCGGGGAGAGGUACGGGGCCGAGAAACUCAGCGAACUCUGCAAACUGCUGCCCGACAGUGAAGAGGAGAAGAGGUUACGAUCAUACCAGGGGGAGCGCAGUCGCCUUGGCGAGCCUGACCUCUUCAUGGUCCUGUUGGUGGAGGUGCCCAGUUUUCGGCUGCGUCUGGAUGCCAUGAUCUUGCAGCAGGAGUUUGACCCUGCUGUGACCUCGCUGUGUGUGGCGGCCCGCUGUCUGGGGGACGCAGCCAGAGAGCUGCUGAACUGCCCAGAGCUGCACUCCAUCCUACACCUAGUUCUGAGAGCAGGGAACUACAUGAAUGCUGGAGGAUACGCAGGGAAUGCGGCCGGCUUCCGCAUCGCCUCCCUGCUCAAACUGGCCGACACCAAAGCCAACAAGCCGGGCAUGAACCUACUGCACUUUGUAGCCAUGGAGGCGGUCAAGAAGGAUCUAAGUUUACUGUCAUUCCCCAGUCAACUGGGCCACGUGGGUCCAGCCUCCAGGCUAUCUGAAGAGGGGGUGCAGGAGGAUCUCUCACGGUUACACAGCAGAGUUGCAGCGCUGCGCGAGAGUGUUCAGACCGAGGCUGAGAUCCAGCAGCAAACCAAGCACUUCCUUGAGGCUGCAGAAGUGAAGCUGGAAGAGGCGGAGGCUGAGGUGGAGGCCUUGCGGAUGUCCAGCCAGGCACUAGUAGAGUUCUUCUGUGAGGAUGACAACUCCUUCAAGCUUGAGGAGGCCUGCCGCAUCUUCUAUUCUUUCUGCCAUCGAUUCCAGAAAGCUGUGAAGGAGAAUGCGGAGCGGGAGCUGCAGGAGCAAAGGCGUGCGGAGCGAGAGCGGGAGAGUGCGGAGAAGCGCCGCUCCAUCGCCACCUGCACCAUGCUGGAGCUCGGGCAAGGCCAGGACGACCUGGAGCGCACUCUGGAGAGGAACCUCAGCUACACCUGGCACCGCCGCAGCUUGCGCCACCCUGAGGCUCGGAGGCCCUCCCUGCGCUUCGCUGCCUUGGAGAGCAACACUGACACCUCACACAGCCCGCGGGACCUGAGCAGUGACGCCAUGCCUGUUAAACAAGAGCUGAAUACCGAUACUGCUCAGAGCAAACUAGGGCUAAACAAUGAUAACAUACACUGUAGACAACGGCUGAAUGCUGAUACACCACGCAAUGGACAGGUAUUGAGCUCAGAUACUAAACACAGCCAACAUGGCCUGAAAACAGACACCCUGUCUAGCCUACAGAGUUUACCUGUUGAUUCUACACCAAGCCAAUGCACCCAACCCAGUGAUUCAACCCACAGGCUACGUGGGCUGACCUCUGAUACUCCACAUAGUUCCCAGGAACUGCCCACAAACACUCUUCAUGAGCAACAGAAUCAAACCACUGAUACCAUACACCCUAGACCUGAGCUGCCCUUUGACUCUGCGCUCAGAGCCUGGGGACCAGUUCCCAAGCUGUCAGAGAGCAUUUCAGUGAUGGUCACUGAUAGAGUUGAUGCAGCAGCCAGUGAGCCUUCCCCAGAGAGUGCUCAGCUGUUGAGACUUGUGUCUGAAAGGGUGCUGAGCCAGCAGACGAGUCUGGGGACAUCCUCUGCUCUAGAGAUGGACAAGCAGCUUAGAUUGAUGGCACCAGAGCCUGUCCCACUGUUGGCCCAGGAGGCCGAGCUUCCUAGUCCAGGGAGUGAGCGGAUGUAUCCGCGUGUGGGCGAAACGCUGGAGUGUCACACCCUGGUGCGGGGUCUGCGCUCCUAUGAGAACCUCAGCACGCCUGUGCCCCGGGCCACUCCCAACCACUGCUCGAAAUGGAAGAAAGAGAGGGAGGCAGAGGAGCGGGAGGGGGCGAAGUCUCCCCAGAGCAAGGAUGACGCCCGCAUCGGGAAGGAGCCUGGCAGAGGGCUGCGAAGAGGUUCUGUGCCUAGACCAGCAGCGCCCGCUAACACCGGCAUCCCCAGGGUUCGUGCCAAGGCAGAGCCAGCCUGUGCGGAGGAUGCCACUUCCCCGCGUCAGUCGCGGCUGCCGCCUCCUCGCAGCGGCUCUGUGCGUACCUCGCUGUCCCCCCGUCCCGCCAGCACCCAGCCCGAAGUCAAGCGGCAUUCCAGUGUGCGAGAGAAGGCGCGAACAGUGGCCGACCAGGGCGGGAAACCCGGCCGCUGCCUUCCGCAGAGAUCUAAAUCUGAGAGGGACAAGGUGCCGGCUGUGCAGGAAGCGUUCGUCAGGGGAUCCCCUCUGCGCGUGACUAAGCGUCUGGCCCCUAACCCUGAGUCCCAUAUCCCCUCCCCGCCCAGCACUGUGCAGAACCUCUCCUCCACUACUGCUAAAACCAUCCGCACAGCUGUGAUUGCUGCUGCAGCCAUGAAAACGGCCAAGAACUGCGAGUCUGCCAGGCCCAAGACCCCAGGGUCACGACUGCCUGGCCCCAAAGUGGCCCGCCCAGCCACCCAGCCUAUGUGGAGGAGCCGCAGCCUGUGUGGAUGA